ACUGUCCAGUGACAGUGUCCACUCCUGCUGGAACUGUUGAUCCGAGUUGGGUAACGUUAGCUUGUUGCUGAGGGAGUCUGUCAAUCGCUUCUUAUCUUGUUCAACGAGUCGUGCCAAAUAGUAGCACAUGCUACAAACUGAUGCCCUGGUAAGUUAAAUGUCAGUGAGUCCAGAUGCAUGAGUCUGGGUCAGAGCAGACAACCUGCACCAGUCCAGCCAAUCAGACAGAGAAUGGGGACAGUGCUGAAAGGGAUGAUUGGCUGAGCACUCAGACUCCAACUCCAGAGGGUUCCGGGGCUGACAGCCAGCAGCAAAACCAGGUUCCAGUCUCAGUGUCUAUGAUGACACCUCCGGUGGAGACUCUUCAGCAGACACUGCAGCAGGUCCUCAAUCCACAGCAGAUCCAGGCCCUGCUCCAGCAGCAGAAAGCACUCAUGUUACACCAGCAACACAUACAGGACCUAUGCAAGAAACAGCAGGACCAGUUCAACGCCCAGCUCCUACAGCAGAAGCAUGCUGAGAAGUCAGAGCAAGAGCAGCUAACAGCCCAGCACAUGGUCAUCCAGCAGCAGUUCUUGCAAGUCCAACAGCAGCACCUCCUCAGCCUCCAGAGACAGGGUCUCCUGUCUGUCCUGCCCUCCAUGAGCCCCUCUACAGCUCAGGGUUUAGUGAAAGGGUGUGAGUAUAGUACUAGCCUGCCCUCUGGUGGUGAGUAUCCAGCCACUUUUCAGAAGAACCUGCUCCACAGCCAGCAGUCCACCACUAAUGGGAAUCAUAAAUCACAGCCCCUAAAGAAGAAAGACAGUGGUCCUGUGGAUGAUCACACACAAAACACUCACCCUCUCUAUGGACACGGCAUGUGCAAAUGGUCUGGCUGUGAGGCGGUCUUUGGAGACUUUCAGGCUUUUCUCAAACAUCUGAACAGUGAACAUACACUGGAUGACAAGAGUACAGCACAGUGUCGAGUGCAGAUGCAGGUUGUUCAGCAGCUAGAACUGCAGUUGAAAAAAGACAGAGAGCGUCUGCAAGCCAUGAUGUCUCACCUCAAAUCCUCUGAGCAAAUGUCAAAACCAGCAACACCAACAGUGGAUCUUAUGCCCAACGUUGCCUUCUCCCAGGUGACAUUUCCCAAGGUGCUUCCUCCCAUGAGCUUGUCUCAAAGUGCCACUGCUCCUUCCACACCCCUGACACCUCCCCCGACCUCCUCUAUCAUCACUCCCAACACCCUGCUCACUGUGAGCCCUGGGAGGAGACGGUACUCAGACAAGUACAGCAAGAACAUGAAUCAAGAUAUUGUUCAGAAUAAAGAGUUCUACAUCAGUACGGAAGUUAGACCACCAUUUACAUAUGCAGCUCUAAUAAGACAGGCAAUAUUUGAAUCACCCUAUAAGCAGCUGACACUAAAUGAAAUCUACAAUUGGUUCACACAAACGUUUGCAUAUUUCAGACGCAAUGCAGCAACAUGGAAGAAUGCAGUGAGACACAACCUCAGCCUCCACAAGUGUUUUGUGCGAGUGGAGAAUGUAAAAGGAGCUGUGUGGACAGUUGAUGAGAUGGAGUUUCAGAGGAGAAGGCCCCAGAAGCCUGCCGGUGAAGGAUCUUUCAGAAGAGAGAACACUGGCCAUGGUCACAGCUCAGCUUCCCUUACACCUAAGGCUGAAUGGCUAGAUAGUAGUAUACCUCCAUUCAACCCAGCUUCCAUAGGCGCUCCCUCUCUGAGCUCUCUGCCCUAUAUGUUCCAGCAGGAGGAGAUGAAUGCAACUCUCUGGUAUGGGAAUGGAUCCUACAGUGACAGCAGUGAAGAGCAGUACCCUAUGCACCCCCUCGUAAAAGAAGAGCUAAUGGACGAGGAGGCAUAUGAGAAUGUGCCCCAUGACUGUUCUGAGACUGAGAGCUCUGAUGAGCACAGCUCAGAUGUGGACCAAGACGAAGAUGGCGGUAGCCCAGAAAGACCCAACCUGCAGCUGGCUCAUGUGCCUUCGCAAUGAAAGAGAGAAUGCAUUCCAAACUGUCAAUUUCCACUGCACUCCCACAUUGGAAAACUAUGAAAUAUACCAAAUGACUUGGUAGAACUAUUUCAUAUCAAGUGACUAUUUAUUGAGGAUGUUUUAUGCUCUGUUGUACUGGCAUCGUUUGUACUGGGUAUUAUCCACCCGAGCUCACACUGAAGACAACAGAACCUAUUAUUGUAACACCGCUUGUCCUCAAAUAAUGUAUUCGUAUUGGCUUAAUGUGAGGCAGUACAACCAAUGAUGAAGCCCUAUGGGGAGCUGGUUCAGUGAUGCAGAGUUAUGUUCUUUCUUCAAUGUCUUUUGUUUCACUCUUUCAUGAAUGUGUAUAUUUAAUAACCAGAGCAUUGGCAAUAUUUAUGUACAGCACUUCAUGAAGAUGAAUGUUUGUUUUCUCCCACAAACGUGUUUAUUUUUUACCUAUGUGAGUACCAGACAACCUCCAGAUAGUAAUCCUGUGUUCCGUUUGUGACAUGACAUCAUUGAUAAUUGGUUACUUUUACACUGCCAAAAAUAUGAUUUACACUACCGUUCAAAAGUUUGGGGUCACUUAGAAAUGUCCUUGAAAGAAAAGCACUUUUUUUUUUUUUGUACAUUUGAAAUAACAUCAAAUUGAUCAGAAAUACAGUGUAAACCUUGUUAAUGUUGGUAAUGACUAUUGUGGAUGGAAAGGGCAGAUUUAAGUGAAAAUCUACAUAGGCCCAUUAUCAGCAAUGUUCCAAGGGCACAUUGUGUUAGCUAAUCCAAGUUUAUAAUUUUAAAAGGCUAAUUGAUCAUUAGAAAACCCUUUUGCAAUUAUGUUAGCACAGCUGAAAAAUGUUGUUCUGGUAAAGAAGCAAAAAAACUGGCCUUCUUUAGACUAGUUGAGCAUCAGCAUUUGUGUGUUCGAUUACAGGCCCAAAAUGGCUAGAAACAAACCUUUCUUCUGAAACUCAGUCUAUUCUUGUUCUGAGAAAUGAAGACUAUUCCAUGCGAGAAAUUGCCAAGAAACUAAAGAUCUUGUACUAAUCCCUUCACAGAACAGCGCAAACUGGCUCUAUCCAGAAUAGAAAGAGGAGUGGGAGGCCCCAGUGCACAACGGAGCAAGAGGACAACUACAUUAGAGUGUCUAGUUUGAGAAACAGACGCCUCACAAGUCCUCAACUGGCAGCUUCAUUAAAUAGUACCCUCAAAACACCAGUCUCAAUGUCAAGAGUGAAGAGGCGACACCGGGAUGUUAGCCUUCUAGGCAGAGUUGCAAAGAAAAAGCCAUACCUCAGAUUGGCCAAUAAAAAGGAAAGCAUUCCGGAGUCGCCUCUUCACUGUUGACGUUGAGACUGGUGUUUUGCGGGUACCAUUUAAUGAAGCUGCCAGUUGAGGACUUGUGAGGCGUCUGUUUCUCAAACUAGACACUCUAAUGUACAUGUCCUCUUGAUAAAUGAUACACUUGAAUUAACACAACGUGCCAUUGGAACACAGGAGUGAUGGUUGAUGAUAAUGGGCCUCUGUACGCCUAUGUAGAUAUUCCAUUACAAAUCAUCCAUUUACAACGUCUACACUGUAUUUAUGAUCAAUUUGAUGUUAUUUUAAUGGACAAAAAAUUAGCUUUUUCUUUCAAAAACAAGGACAUUUCUAAGGGGCCCAAACUUUUGAACGGUAGUGUAUGUAUGACCUCUGUUGGGAUAUAAUUAUUUGUGUAGCCUACUAAUCUUAUUUUUCCCCACUGGCCCAAACAUUGCUUUUUGGUCUUAUUUACCAUUGUAUUUGUACAUUGCCAGAUUUGUGCACUAAAAGCUGUCUGUAAUAAAUGCUGUAUAUAAAGUG